UGCCUUGUGGAGAGGUGACAGUAGAUAACUGAAUAUGGUGUUUAUUAGUAGAUAAUACUGAUUAUCUUGCUUAUAAACUUCCAAAUUAAUUAUCCAUGGGAAGUUCAUGGAAAAUUCGUGGACAGGUCAAACUUUCAUUAUCGCCCCAGAUGUUGACUGUACUUGCAUCGAGCCAAAGAAAUGCUGGAAUUGCGUACUCAUGGGGGUAAUAAUUAUCCAUUUUUCAGCAGUAGUAACUCCAUCCUCACGUAAUAAUCUUUGCGAAUUGUCCUCAAUAGGAGCAAUUACCACGCCCGACCCAGUCUCUGCUCCUGUAGAAGCAUAUAAGCUUUGGCUGAGUCCACGCCUGAAUAUAGUUUGGAAUUGACAGACCAAUAGAUGAUAAGAUACUAAUGGCAAGUAGAUCGAUGGAUGAAGGAAAGCUCUCUUUUACCAUUCUA